AUGGCGGACGUCAAGAAGCCCGUAAGCGUGCCUGAGCUACGGAAGAGCGAAGAUGUAAAGCCUCUCAAGAAGACGCCCAUACGCUAUCCGUUCUGGUUUGGUGGAAGCGCAAGUUGUUUUGCGACUUUCUUUACACAUCCUCUGGAUCUUGCCCAGCUCCGCCAAGGGACAUACAGCAUGACACGCUUCGGUGUCUACGAAGCCCUCAAAGACCGCAUGACGACCGCCGACACGAAACCCUCGUUCCUCACGCUCGUAGGCAUGGCUUCCAUAUCAGGAUUCCUCGGAGGAUUCGCCGGUAACCCAGGAGACAUCUUGAACGUACGGAUGCAGCACGAUGCCGCAUUACCGAAAGAAAAGCGGAGAGGAUACAAGAACGCGAUUGAUGGGAUAAUACGAAUGUCGCGGGAAGAAGGAGUAGCAAGUCUAUGGAAAGGCGUCUGGCCCAACUCGUCAAGAGCUGUGCUCAUGACAGUUGGACAGUUGGCAACAUACGACGGAUUCAAGCGCGUGCUGCUGAACUACACGCCGCUGCAAGACAAUCUCGCAACACAUUUCUCAGCAUCAUUCUUGGCUGGAUUUGUAGCUACAACGAUAUGCUCACCGGUAGAUGUCAUCAAAACUAAAGUCAUGAGCUCUAGUGAGAGUGUAGGACUAGUGAAGACCGUCACGGAUACUAUGAGAGCAGAAGGGUUCCGCUGGAUGUUCAAGGGCUGGGUGCCGAGCUUCAUUCGCGUUGGCCCGCACACCGUGCUCACGUUCUUGUUUUUGGAGCAACACAAGAAGGUCUACAGGCAAUUGAAAAAGCUGGAAUAG